UGUUCCUAAUGUUUCUAGAUCAUCCUUUUACUGAUGGGUGCGUGCUCAAUGAGUGCUCUAGAAUCUCUGAACAGAACUUGUUAACUGCUGUUCCUUUGCUGUCAGACACUGGCGCUCUCCAACAUGCUAAGAAGAAGUUUGUCAGCACAGACCAAUGGCGAGGCCCGGAUUACAGACAUCUUAAGAAGCAAAUUUCCACGUGCUUCGGCGAUUAAAGUUGUGGAUAUAUCAGGAGGUUGUGGGGCCAUGUAUGAAGUGAAUGUGGAAUCAGUGGAGUUUAAAGGAAAACGCGUUGUCCAACAACACCAGAUGAUUAAUCAGGCAUUAAAAGAUGAAAUCCAAGCCAUGCACGGCCUGAGGAUAUUUACUGCAGUUCCAAAGGUAUGUGAUGGAGAGGAUUCUCAGUAAAAUGAAGCAGACAACGGACAAACAAGCACUCGGAUUAUGCACCAAACGCACAACAUAUAAGGAAGAGACCUCGUGCUGGGGAAUCUCCCGAGCUGCUGAAUACCCCAAGAUUACCUCAACCCAUCGAAUUUUCCUGUCUUCAAUCUUGAAUGCUGUUAAAGAGACCCUCAGGAUUUUGAUACUGAAUAAUUCCAGAUGUAUUAAAGCAGCCUUUUAAAAGUA